UUUCUAGCGCCUUCGUGAGGAAUAUCUCCAAGCCCACACUCCACACUCGACCUUGCUGAGUGUUCCGCCAGCACCAGUCUGUUUCCUGUCAGCUGGCGUAUCCAAUUCCCACUUGCCCAUUCGACCUCGGAAUCGAAAGGCAACACCAGGUACCCUUCGCACACGUAGAAAACGACAACUUUGGCAUUUUGAAACGCCAUGCUGUCGAGGGCAGCUCGGAUCGCGCGUCUGCAGCCGACUGCGGCGCAGCUCUACCGCUCCGUCGCAACACCAGCUGGGAGACCCCAAUUUCUAGCUUCAUCAUGGAGCAGAACUUUCGCCCAGGACAACAAGCCGAAGGACCCCAUUUCCGGGACGCCUACUGACCAGCAGAAGCCUGCCGGAUCAACACCAGGCGAGGUCGAGACCCCAGCUUCGUCGAGCUCCGACUAUCAAGCAGCCUACGAGGAGGCUGCCGAAGCGUCAUCAAAAACCUCUUCGACCCAGACCCCCAAAUCCGACGUCAAGCCAGAUGCCGCCGAUGCGACAGAAGCUCCCGAACAGGCCGCGCCUACAGGCCCUCUGCCCGACCUCACCCAGGGUAUUCCUUCCACCCUAGCCUACGAGAUGUCCGGCGCGACCAACAAGGCGGCUCUCGCUGCCAUGGCCGAGGAAGAUGCCGUCGCUCAGGGUGGUGGCCGCGGCCGUGGAGAGCUCCCCGAUUCGGCAUACGUUUCGUCGACAGACAAGAAGCGCCAGCAAUUCGCAAGUCGCAUGUUCCUCGCUUUCGUCGGCUUCAGCGCCGCCGGUGUAGUCUAUCUCGGACGCAACUGGGAUGACAAGGAAGAGGAGGCUAGGCAUGCCGAGACUGCCCCCAACGGCUGGAGUUUUAGUGCUUGGUGGGCUAGAGUCACUGCCCGCACGGGCGACUUCAUGAACUACUACCAGGAGCCUGCCUUCGAGAAGCUUCUCCCCGACCCUGACCCGUCGUUCGAGCGUCCCUACACCCUGUGUAUCAGCUUGGAGGACAUGCUCGUCCACAGCGAAUGGACUCGCGAGCACGGCUGGAGAGUGGCCAAGCGGCCCGGCGUCGACUACUUCCUGCGAUACCUCAGCCAGUACUAUGAGUUGGUUCUCUUCACCAGCGUUCCCUUUGCUAUUGGCGAGCCCCUCGUUAGGAAGCUCGAUCCCUUCCGCUUCAUUAUGUGGCCCCUCUACCGGGAAGCAACCAAGUACAAGGACGGAGAGGUUGUCAAGGAUCUUUCGUACCUGAACCGCGAUCUGUCCAAGGUCAUCAUUCUCGAUACCAGCGAAAAACAUGUCCAGAACCAGCCCGAGAACGCCAUCGUCCUGCCCAAGUGGACAGGCGACUCUAAGGACAAGGAGCUCGUCAGCCUGAUUCCGUUCCUCGAGUAUAUCCACACGAUGCAGUACGGCGAUGUUCGUAAGGUCCUCAAGUCCUUCGAGGGCAAGCAUAUCCCUACCGAGUUCGCCCGCCGCGAGGCCAUUGCACGAGCCGAGUUUAACAAGCAGGUCGAGGCCAAGAAGAAGAAGGCACCAUCCGGCAUGGGUAUGCUCGGCGGCAUGCUCGGCCUCAAGCCGUCUAACAUGAGUCUGAUGGUGUCCCCUGACGGCGAGCAAAACCCCCAUGAGGCUCUUGCCCAGGGCAAGAUGCUCCAAGACAUUGCACGCGAGCGUGGUCAGCGCAACUACGAGCUUCUCGAGAAGGAGAUCCGUGAAAACGGUGAAAAGUGGCUCAAGGAAGAGGCUGCCAUGCAGGAGAAAGCCCAGCAGGAGGCCAUGCAAAACAUGAUGGGUUCCUUCGGCGGGUGGUUCGUCAAGGGUGACGAUGCCAACAAGAAGCAGUAAAAAGGGGUGCUUCACUCAUCCAAUCCCCGGGCUAAUAAGCACCAACGGUGCAGUAUACACCACCAUCACCACCACCAAUUUCUUCACUCCUCUUACCAAAACUAUCUGUAUUUGUAUUAUCAAGGCAGGCUUGGGCGGCGGGGAGGCGCCUCCACUUGCACAUAGACUUGACGACGCGUGGGUCUGCGUAUGUACGAAACGUUGUAUACUACACUACCUUAGACUAUCAUUUGGGGGGGAAAGUGUGGGUUGACCAAACAAUUCCAUCUCCAGAAACCCUAGCUCUUGUACCGGUGCCUGCUUAUGGUUGCUCACAAUACAACAGCGGUGGAUGGUGAGUUGAAGGAGCGCUAUCCGAAUCUCUUGGGCAUCUUUGACCGAUACAC